CCCCGUUAGAACCCACAUGUCCGGUCUGCGGUUUUAAAUCUGGCGCUAAAUUAAGCAAUAAGCGACAAAAAGCUUUUUAUUUGCGGUCAUUUCAGUGAUUUACAGUCAGGCUUCUAACGCGCCACCUAAAAGGGUCUUUCCUCUCAUAACACGGUGACGACCCUGAACGUGGAACCUCUCCGAACAGAAAGAGGUUAAAAGUGGAACAAACUGAGAGUUAAUGUGAUAAUUAAUGGCGUUUAAAGUAACUGGAGCUGUCUAACUGAGGGAACAUGCUUCCAUCUGACGGCUGAUUAACAGAGAAAAUGAGCUCUGAGGUCUGUCCAUUCUGUGGGAAAACUUACAAAAGGUUGAAGAGCCACCUGCCUCAUUGCAAAGUAGCAGCAAGCUUCAAAACACCUCCAACCAAACAUGAUGUCGAAGCAAAUCAGACAACGUCAUCUCAUCAGCUGGCUGCAGUUUCAUCCAAAGCAACAGCGAAGGGAAAGAAAUCCACUGAGACAAUAGGACUUCAAACAAAGAAGGGUGAAAAGGUGUCUGCAUCAUCAGCACCAGCAAAUACAUCAUCUUCCUCACUGCUGACAUCAUCACCCCUAAAUUCCACCUCACCGCUGACAUCAUCACCCCUAAAUUCUACCUCACUUCUACCAUCAACUAAGAAGAAGAAACAGAAGUUAUCUGAUCAAAUCAAGACCGCCACCCUUUUCUCGCCAUCAUCUCCACCUCUGUCUCCUAUCGUCUCUAAACCAAAAAAGCAGAGUCUCUGUGCUUUGAUAGAAGCUGCAAAGUGUGACCGGGUUAAAAGGGGAACACUGGAAGGAGAAGACCUGCCUUCAGAUUCAACUCUGAGCUUCAGAACCAAAACUAAACCAGACAAAGACUCGGUGAAAGAUGAUGCCAGUAUUUCCCUGUUGUCUGCAGACCCCAAAGAUGCCUCUAAAAAGAAGAUGUCAAAGUCUAAGAAGGUUUCACAGUCUUCUUCCACUACCACACACACCUCUGACUUUCUGGACUCUAGGCUAAAUAAAAGUAGCACAAGACCCCCUGCAAGAGACUUCUGGGUGGACAGUGAAGAGGAGAUUGACAAUUUAUCUGUGAAUAAGUUGAAAUCGAAGGUUACCCUCCAGGACGUGAAAUCCACACUGGGUCGAGGUACCAGCCCCCAUCAGUCGAGCAGACCGAGCAUCCUGAGCCAGACUGAAGCUACUGCAAACCAGAAAGAUGCUGUUAGCUGCUUGGUAACUCCAGUAACUCAGUCUGACCAGCCGCUCAGCCCCACCUCACAACAUACGGAGCUAAAACCAGUGAAGAAAAAAGCUUCAAAGUCUAAACAACCAGCUUUAGUCACUCUGCAAGACAACACUCCCUCCCAGCUAGAACCAACGUCUCCAACUACAGCUACCCUCCUUUCUGCACAAACUUCACCUCCUCCACGGUCAGUCAGUCUGAGUGAGGGGCUGAAGGUGGGUCGUCACGUUACAGGACUCCUCACAGUUUCACCACCACUCAACCAGUUUUCCAGCCCUCUUCAUUUCCCUCUGCCUGUGAAGGUGGACGGAGUGGAGAAGUUGCCGCUCAAGGUCAGGAAACAGAACGCAGCUCAACAUCCAACUGAAGGAGUUCUGACCCAGCGGAGUCUUGGACAGGUGACCCUGAGGGACUUACCUGAGUGGAUGGCCUGCAGAACCCCCAGCCAUCCCAGAGAAGUGGUGGAAAUGGUCCAAAGAGGCUGGCAGUGGUAUUACAGGAGGUAUAUUGACGUGAAGAAAGGUGGUGUAGCUGGACUGGGCAUGUUGUUAGCAGGAUACUGUGUGAUCAGCUACAUCUGGAGUUACCCUCAUAUCAAGCUCGAUCGCUGGAGAAAGUAUCACUGAGGCUAAGAUACGGUGUUUGGACCAGCGUGAUUCUGAGGGACGAUUCAGGACACGUGGGUAACACAGACGAUGAAUUUAUCUGAGAAAUUGGCACCAGUUUCUCGUCAGAAUCUGAGCUGUUUCCUUUUUCUGAUAAAACAACGCAAAAGAACAACUGAUUUUUGUAAAUCAGCAUGUAGCUGGGCCAGCAGCUAGUUAGCUUAGCUUAUAGAAAAGGCUAAAAAUAGGGACAAGACUUAGCCUGGAUCUAAGUCUUGCUAAUCAGCUUGGCUGGACUUUGUCUAGAUUCAACAAAAUUGAUGUUAACUAGUGAAUUUUAGUGGUGCUGGUUAGAAGAGUUUGUUACUUUUGUCGAGAACCAGACUGGCUGUCUUCCUCGCUCCUUGUCUUUAUGCAAAGCUACAGCUGCAAGCUUAUGAACUGACGAAUAUCAAACUGCCAUCAAUCUUGUACUCAAUGUCAUGAAGUGACGAAACAAAUCCCAAAAAUUGGAAAAUUUUUACCUCUGAUAAAAUUUAUUUCAUACUCCGUUGUAAAGAGUAUCUAAAGUAUAAUGAAUCUAUUUUCUUAUGUUCUGUCCAUUCUUCCUACCAUAGUGUGUUCCUGCACACAGAAUAUCUACAACAGAAUGAAUGUCACAGAAAAACUAAGUAGAUACCGGAAAUAAUAAUGGUCAGAUAAAGAGUGGGGUCGGUAACGUCACACACCUGCAGACAGGUAAUAACGUUGUUGAUGCUUCUUCUACUGUGUUGUCCCACUAUUCCUGGGGCUCGGUGAAGUUGACAGGCAUUUUUAGGGGACAGAAUCAAGCUGUCUUCCAUCCACAGCAGUCUCAAAUGACUUCCUACAUUACGUAUGGUGAAUUUGCGGAGAUUCAAGUGCCUCCCAACACCCCGUUUUUGGCUUUCUCUUGUCAUAUAGCUGCAUUUUAAGGCGACCAGUCACUGGUCAAAGGAGUAUCUGUUAACUGGUCACACUGAGCUUUGUCCUUUAAAGACACACCUUUGCCAGGUGUGGAUUCAUUCAGUGUUUGACAGUUUGUCACCAGAUUAACCUCUCAAAACCUUUAAGUGCAGAAUUGGCUAAAACAUAACACGUUUCUAACCACAACAGUAAAAAUGAGAUUUUCUGCUGUUUAUAUACUUGCAUGCUGCAUUUGUGUUUUUGUGGAGUGUAAACUCUGCAGUUUCUUUCCAAAAUAUUUAUUUACUUAACUGUGUUUAUUCUAUUUCUCAUAUUAAUUAAUGUGUUUUGUGUCUUAUUUCCGUUUUGAAAGACAGCAUUACUUUUUAUUGGGGUUUUUUGUGAGUAAAACUAGUUUUAGCCUUGAUGUGUAACAGUCCCACUGUGUGUUGAACAGGCUCCACUAGGUGUCAUUGUUGGGUUGUGUUACCGAAACUGAAAGGGUUGCUGUCUUAAGUGUGCUAUGCAGUUUUCUUAGCUCUUGCAGAGGCAUUGGUGCCGGGGUCCAUGAGAGGAUUAAAGGGAACCAACAGAUUUCUAACUUGAUAAAAUGUUCUUCUGGCAGCCGCGAUGCAGAAGAACAUAAAAUCUAAACGUCCUCACACCAGUAUCUGUGAAAAGAUUGUAUCUGUGUAGCAGAGGGUUACAAAUCUGUUUUUCUUUUGCAAAUGCUUCCUCAGUCACAUGAUGUGAUUAUGCAUGCUUAGUCCAUCAGUAUGUGAACCCUCACAGAAUAGUAAUGGAGGCUCUCAGCCGGACUGGACCAGUUUAUUGUGUUCAAAAUGAUUUAUUGUUGACUCUCCUUGCUGCUGUAGUGAACACACAUUAAAUGAAGAAAUGACAGCAUUCUUGUAAUGAUUUCUCCUGACACCGCUUCUUAGCAAACACAAUAAAAAAUAAUUUCCAUUUUCUUA